AUGCCUCGAGCCGUACCACCUCUUCAUAGAAGCAAGAGCACCGUGAGAGAUAGCGGGAAAUGCUACAAUGGCGGCAAGCCCGUGGAGAACAAAGCCCUCCAGCGAGUUCUCGACGACAUUAGAGACGGCCUCCAGGGGCUCGUCAGCCGCACCGAGUUUCACCGAUUUCUGGACGAGCUGGAGCGCGAAAACACCGUGUUGUCGGCGACGUGUGGUCAUCGGCAGCAGCGGCUUCUCGGCCUGGCCGAGCGCAUCAUAGGAGGAGAUGCAGCUCUGACAGGCAGAAGAAAUGCAGAAAGAGGUCUCUGGUCAAGCAAUGACGCGCUUGGGCGGGGAAUGCCGGGGAUCUGGCCCCAGGACGAAAUAUGGCGCUGGAUACUUGGAACGGUGUCUCUCACGAGCACAGCGUCGUCGAGACUCGUUGUGGAAGAUAGGCAUUGUCGCUGGGUCAUGUGUGACCGCCCGGAACAGGUGAUCGCAUUUGUCCGCGCCCUGCCCCGGCCAUUGCCGGAUAACUUCGUCUUCGUCACGCCAAUUUACGUCGAGACCAGCGAAUACCACCUGCGAGAAGACCAAAAGCAAGCCAAACACCACCGAGAGCCUCAAUCAACCAGGCCCGACUCUUGCCCCUCAUCGCCUCAGCCCUGCGACAAGCAGACUGCUCUGGCAAUGCUCCUCGUCGAUCUGAUAAGCACCUUCUCAAGGCACGCGACUGAUGAAACGGUAUUUGACGGUUUGAGAAAAGCCGACAUGCCCAAUAUCCGCUCACCGGAAGGGCGGAUCCAGGCUCUCAUCAUAGUGCUGGAUAUUUGUCUCAAGGUUGCUUCCCGGCACUACAGCCACUCGAGCCAAGCAUGCCCAGCUGGUCUGAGGAAUAGUAGGAUGAGCUUUCAGGAUGGCAAGCACCCCCGGAGCACGGGAGGCGACCAGUCGGAACAGUCGCUGCUGAUAGUCGUUGACCGCAUCGAUGCUGUCGUGGGCCCAGAAACGGAGCACUAUGUCAAGAAGAUGGUCCUGUUGCUCAAGCAGGCUGCUUCCCCUGCUUCAGGAGCUACGACUGGGGCAGGGGCAUUUUCUGUACACCGCGGAACUUCCACACAUCCCCUGAUGUCCAGAUUUCAUCUAUCACACCGUGCUUUGAGCGGCCCUUCGACUUGCGGAGCAGGUGGCAUAGCUGGGAGCACAUGCGGCAAUGCCAGAGGUGCUUGUCCGACAAUCAGAGUCCUCUUCACCAUCGUAGACGAGGCUGGGCGGCAGUGGCUCGAGCAGCGAUGCGGGAUUUCACCAGUGACGGAGGCUUCCGUGCUCGAUCGGGAUGCUCAGGGCAUGGCCGGGCAGCGAGUAGUGAAUCAUGAUGGUACUGUCCAAACACGGACGCAUGCAGAUGAGAAAAUGAUGAGCCAAGCUAGUGCUCACGGGGCUACAAGUCAAGCUGGAGACCGAGAGCAAAUCAAGAAGGAGCUCCGGAAUUGUGAUGAGAACACUCAGAAGAAAUGCGUAGGAGAGGCAGAUGAAGAUCUCUGGGCCGUCAGACCAAGCCUCCUCUCCGCCCUGGCGUCCCCAACUGGCCUGCCGACGCCCAACACUAGAGACCCUCGCGACGGUGCAGCUCCCAGCAGGUCGUUCACGACCCGUAGUGCUGGCAGGAAGAGAUCGGCGGUGAUGCAGUAUGUCCGAAGGUGCGCGAGUCUCAGGUCUGCAGUUCCACGAGCUCCUGCACAGCCGCACAGCACGGCUUCCGAGGAUGCAGAGCAUGUUGUCAUAUCGAGGAACGACCGUCAAGAAAGCAAGGAGACGAAACUACUCGCUGCUCGGAAACUAAAGUGGUCCCGCCUAUGGUCAAAUUACUUGAAGUCUGUAGGUGCUCGACCAUCGUCAUCAUCAUCAUCAUCAUCAACUCCCUCUUCGCCGGCAUGCAAAUCAGAAUUUACAAGGAGGCUCAUGAGGGGAACCGCUGGAGCCAAGUUCCUGCGCGAUCUCGUUCCGAGUCACUCACAAAGAGACCUUCGUCAUCCCCGUCCUCAUCGACACUAUUUCCAUAGAGUGACCAGCCUAUGA